AUGCCAAAAGCUAUCAUUUCUCCCUCUGUCCUGGCCUCUGACUUCGGUCAACUCAGCGCAGAAUGUAAGCGCAUGAUGGAAGGUGGUGCAGAAUGGCUUCAUAUGGUUAUUAACGUCACCUAUAGCCAUUUUGUUCCAAAUAUCACAAUGGGUGCACCAAUCCUGUCAUGCGUUCAUAAAGGCGUUCCAGGCAUCUUCAUGGAUUGCCAUAUGAUGGUUUCCGAACCAGAAAGAUGGGUCGAUGACAUUGCAAAUGCUGGCGGUAAACUAUACUGUUUCCACAUCGAAGCUACCAAUGCUCCCAUUCCUCUUAUUCAGAAAAUUCGCGACCGAGGGAUGAAAGCUGGAGUAGCAAUCUCCCCAGACACGCCUUCCACAGCAAUUUCCGACGAAGUAGGAAACGCAGCCGACAUGCUUCUCGUAAUGACCGUCUACCCUGGAAAGGGCGGGCAGAAGUUCAUCGAACGAUGCGUCCCCAAGGUCUCCGACUUACGCGCCCGAUUCCCGGAGAAAGACAUCGAAGUCGACGGCGGCGUGGGUCCAUCGACCGUGGGCCAAUGUGCCGACGCAGGUAGCAAUGUCAUUGUCGCAGGCACCGCGAUAUUCGGUGCAGCUGACCCGAACGGAGUCAUUGCAACACUCAAGUCAACUGUCAACGCGGCGCAGGAGAAGAUCGCGCAGGCGCGGGCUUAG